AUGGAAACCCCCACUGCAACCUCCAUUACCCAUAAGCCCAUAUUUACGGUGAAUUUGACGCUUCCAAUGGUCGAAUUCGACCCGGAUGUUCAUUUGAAUGUUGGUUCUCCAGCAUACCAAAUGAGCAUGGAGGAACUGGGUCUUUCCGGAGGCAUCUCCAAAACUGCAGUCACAGCCCCCUUCAGUCUGUUCACCGAGGAUGCCGUUCAUCUUAUGCGUCGUGAGAUUCUGUCUGACCACGUUCUGGACAACUUCUCGUUCGCCUCUUCUAUCAAUUCAUACCAAGUGCGGGGCUUCUCCAAAGAAACCCCCUUCACCACGGCUGCUUGGACCCAUCCCCGAACCAUUGCAACCGUCUCCAAGCUGGCCGGAGUUGAUCUCGUGCCUGUUUUUGAGUACGAAAUCGCCCACACGAACAUUUCCACCGCCGGAGACACCAAGCCCGUUGUUGGCUGGCACAAUGACAGCUACCCAUUCGUGUGUGUUCUCAUGGUAAGCGACACGAACAACAUGGUUGGCGGUGAAACCGUGUUACAGAAGGGCUCUGGAGAAAUGGUAAAGGUUGCUGAUCCUAAGAUGGGACAUGCUACCAUCCUUCAAGGAGGUUACAUUCUUCACAUGGCUUCCAGACCAGCUGAGCUUGACCGGGAGCGAAUCACACUGGUCACCAGCUUCCGUCCACGUGACGCCAUGACAAAGGACGACUCUGUGCUGACUACUGUCAAGCCUAUCUCCGAUAAGAAGGAGCUGUUCAAGCAGUGGAUGAGCUACCGAGCAGACGUGCUGAGUAAGCGAUUCCAGAAGAUGCAUGAGGGUCUGGAAAGUGGGGAGCUGAGCAAUGAGGAGACCAUGAAGCUGUUUGAGGAACAGGAACAAUGGAUUGCUCAUACCUUAAUGCAGAUGGGAGAGGUUGAGUACAAGCUGUAG